CCUCCCUCCCGCUGCUCCCGCUCCGGCCGGCGGCGCCAUGAAGGGGCCGCUGCUGCCUCUGUUGGCGGCGGUGCUGCUGCUGCCGCUGCUGCUGCUGCCGCCGUGCGGACCCGGACCCGCCCGAGCGCAACCCGCGCCCUCUUCUUCUUCUUCUUCUUCUUCCUCCUCCUCCGCCCGCCCCGUCACCGCCACCGCCUCCGCCGCCCCCCCCACCCGCACCCCCACGCCGCGCCCAGAGAUCUGUACGGGUCAGAACUGCAGUGCCUGCCUAGGUCCGAGCGUCGGCAACUCCUCGUGCUUCUGGUUGGAAUGCUCAGGAGGGAAGAGUUACUGCUCGGACAGUCCGUCGGUCGAAAACUGCACGGCCGAAAAUAAAACGGAAGACUGUUCCGCUGCCACUACAACUCGUCCUUCACCUACGAGCUCUUCGGUUACCACGCAGAGUACCACCGAUCUUACAUCAGCCACGCCGAACGCCACCGCGACUCCCGUCACGCCUUCUCCACGCAAGUCCUCGUUUGACGCAGCUAGUUUCAUAGGUGGAAUUGUGCUCGUGCUGGGCGUGCAGGCGGUAGUCUUCUUUCUCUAUAAAUUCUGCAAGUCCAAAGAACGAAAUUACCACACUCUCUAAGACCGACGGCUAGAACAGACUGGCGGCUCAAGACGGGUGCAGUUCACCGAAACCAAAACGUUAUUUUCUUUUGCGGGGUCCCACGUGGAAGGCAGAAUUUCGGAAAGUUUUAAUCUCCAUUCGGCAUCAUUUCGGAGCCUCUUCCCCGAGAAGAGAAGGCAGAUCAAUCUCUUUAUUCACCGGGAGCUCUUACAAGAGUCCGCACGGGUUCACGCGGCCGUCUUCUUUCUGUUUGAAGCGGUUGCCGCUGGGGGGGGGGGGGAUUUUCUUUCCCCAGACGGGCGGAACGUAGACCCAGACGCUUUUUUUUUUUUUGAAUUCGGUGGAGAAAACCGUUCUCGUAGCAGACGAUCUCAUGAAUGUGGUUGCCGUAGGUCAUUUAGAAUCAGCCUGGAAGAGGGGAGGUGGGUCGUUGGGCUCUGCCAGGUGACUGGACGGGAAGGUUUUGACCGGCCCUCUCUAGAAAUGGGGCAGAUCGGGGGGGAAGGGAAGUCCCGGAGUGCUUGACAGACUCCGCUUUGGUUUUCUACCUUUCGGGGUGAGAUGCCAACGGGGAAUUGCAUUCCAGACUGGAGGAGACCAAUAAAAAAGGAAUCCGAAACAGACUCCAGCAAGUUUUGCGGGCUUUUAAAGCACCUUGUGGGAUGGGGAAAACAGUGCCUUAAACAGAUGGGAAAGGAAGGUCUGACUUUCACGUCCAUGCUGCCUUGCCUUUCACGCUAAGGAAGGCAGAAAGGUCGAUCGGCACGGAUUCGUCCCAACCGGAACUCGGGCCCCCGUGAGGUACAUUCGUGGCCAUCUUUCCCCUACUGGAAGCGGCUCAUCUCCUCCUCCCUGGAAGUGUCGAGGAGUUUCCCGACCUUAUGAAAUCCUUUUUCACCCGCUGAGACGUUAAACUGCUGAGGGUUUGGGUUUUUGAGAAGCUCCCGACGAUGGUGGGAGAACCACAUUUAGCCGAUUUUCUGCUCUUGUCUAAGGUUCUCGGGAUCUGUACGGCUCAGGUAUUGUACCUUAGGGAAAUUAAUUGGAAGGAAAUUUUGAAAUUCAAAUUUAAUUUGUGCCGUAGAAGGCUAUCAAGCAAGCAUUCCACCCUGCGGCCCCAGUGAACUUUAUUGUGGAAACAGUCGUUUGUGAUGAAGGAGCCUGUCAGACUGCAGAGCAUUGUUUCGUGGCACUUUCUGUUUUAACACCCCAUAAGUGAAAUGGGGGGGAGCACCUACCUGCCUCCUCCAUUUCCUCUACUCCGAAACCCUUUUUCCUCUCUCACCUCGAUGUUCAUACUAAAUAGGAUGGAAUCGAAGAGAUUUACGGUUGGUUUUUACCUCUGCCUAACCUCCCUGAGAGGUCUGUCUUCGGCCCUCGUCCCACACUUGGCCCCCGGAGAUGCGCAACUGAUGAUUUCGGCCCACGGUGUCGCGUCUCCAAAAAGCAGCCUCACGACUCGGUGAAAUUAUAUUCCGAGGGGUCGUUAAAAUUCAGAGUCACCGUCUGUCCGUCUUGCUGAUGCAAACCAGUGCAUUUAACCUGCGUAUUUUGUAUUGCUGACUUUCAAGUGCCUUAAUUAUUUGAAAUCUCUGGCCUUGAUUUUUUUUUCUUUUUUCCCAAAAACGGUGGAAGGGGUGGCCUUAAUUUUUAAAUUGCAUCCUUUUAAUGGUAGCAAAUGGUACCGAAUCGGGGCGGGGGAGAGUUCAGGAUUAUACCCUGGAUGCCAUCGGCUUUCAGGCAUUUCGCAUGCUGAAAUUCAACGUUUAGCGACUGUGUAGUUGUCAUUUAGGCCCAGGUGGCCGCUCAGUCCUAAUUCCGGGAUUUGCCGCACCGCUUCUCGCCCUCUAAGUCUCGAGACCGGUUUGGUUUGAAGGACUUGGACGGGCUCCAUUUUCCCGGCUAACCACGUGGCCUUUUGGGUGCUUGUUUUUUUGCAAACCGGCAGUACCCCUGGGCGGCUCCUACGGGGUAUUCAGCGACGGACCGACGACCCCCUCGGCGUUCCCUUGCUUCGUCAGUUCCAAAGAUAGGCAGCGAUCGUUUCCGCCUCUCACGUGGCUCGCUCUCAAAUGCGACUGCUGCGCGGUUUUCCGGGGAACUCCCCGGUCUCCCCGGAAUGCCCCGCUGUUACAGGGAUCUGUCCGACGUGGCCGGCGGGAGAAGUGGAAAACCGAUUUGUAAUCAUCUGCCGAAUUGACCGAAAUAAAUUCAUGUUUACUGAA